AUGAACCGCCGAGAUCUCCAUUCAGCCUUUACCAAGAUCAACCUCUGGAGGCAGACCCAGUUCCGGAAGAUUGUCUACGUGGACGCCGAUGUGGUGGCUUACAGGGCACCCGAUGAGCUCUUUGACCUUCCGCAUGCCUUUUCAGCUGCCCCCGACAUUGGCUGGCCAGACCUCUUCAACACAGGCCUCAUGGUUUUGACCCCCAACAUGGGCGACUAUUACGCCAUGAUGGCCAUGGCCCAGAGGGGCAUCUCGUUUGACGGCGCCGACCAGGGUCUCUUGAACAUGUACUUCAAGAACAGCUUCCACCGCCUCAGCUUCACCUACAACGUCACGCCCUCGGCCCACUACCAAUAUGUGCCCGCCUACAAGCACUUCCAGUCCAGCAUUAACAUGAUCCAUUUUAUUGGACCCGAAAAACCUUGGGUGCAGGGCAGAGACCGGUCCGCCGGGAGCUCACCUUUCGACCAGAUGGUGGGCAGAUGGUGGGCCGUCUAUGACCGACAUUACCGCAAAAUGACGCCCCAGGUCGAGCCAUCCCGACCGGAGAAAGAGGUCCCCGAGAUCGUGCAGUAUUUCGUAAAGGGUGAAUAUCAGCCUACGGUUCGCUAUGUUGUGCCCGUUGGCGAGCCUCCAAGCGGCGAAUCUGGAACGUUUUACGGUCAGCAUCAUCAAGCGCAGUCGGGCCCUUCGCAUAUCGAUUUUCAGUAUCCCCAGCAUCAGCGUGAUCCCCAUCAGCAAUAUUUUCUUGAGCAGCGUCCUCAUCAUCAUCAUUAUUAUCAGCACCAUGACCACCACCAGCACCAUCACCACCACCCUCCGCCACCACAUCCAACUGAGCCGUCUUCGCAAUUUGUUUCUCAACCGAGCGUGUCUUCUGCCCUUAAAGAAGGGACGCAUACUGAGGCUCGUGAAGACCAGGCAUCAGACCGCCAACAAUGGGGUCCCCGACCGCCAAUCGAGUCGGAGCAUAAGCCUGAGCCCCAACCUCAACCCGACCUGGCGCCUAGUUGGGAUGCUCAACGACAACCUCCUCCGCCCGACGCGAAGCCGGAAGCAAUAAAUUUUCCACAGACGCACUACGCCAUGUCUUCUGACCCGGCCCCAUUCGUCCCGCCGGUGCGGUAUCCAAGCCCGCCCAAGGACAUGUGGUACGAAGUGCCAAAGGAGCCGCCGGCGCACCUCACGGAGAAACCCAAGCCGGUCUUCCCCUGGGAGUCACAUCAACCACGGCCGACUCGCGUGUUCUCGCACCCGGUUCCAGAGCCCGAGCCGCCCGUGGCAGAGCCGACGCCUGCGAGAUCCGGCGGAGAGGAGACCGUCCCACCGCCAGACUUGCAGACGCACGUCGACUCGGCCACGUCAGGGUGGUCACCCACGUCGGAGCACGCGAGCGAGCCGCAGACGCCGCCCCCGCCAGGCCCGACGACCCGCACUGCCGUUUCUGCGCCCACGGACAUCUGGUCCUCGUUCCCCCGCACCAACGCGUGGGACAAUGUGCCGGAAAUCAACCGGUACGUCGACCGCACGCUGCAGAGACACCGGCGGACGUGGAGUCAGAAACUUGCGCUGGCUGGCGGCGACGGCAAGGCACCGGGAUCGGGGGACCUCGAGUUCGGCUCUGGGAGGCGCGGUUCCAGAGUGACCGACUUCCCUAGCGAGGACGACCGGCCCAGUCUGCCCGUCACACCCGCGCCGAUCCGUAGGCCGAGACACUGGGGCGCCGCUGCUGGUGAUGGCGCUUCCAGCGUCUCCGGCGGGGGCGGUGGUAGCGUCGGCUGGGGUGCGGAUGAGGACGAGGAACAGCUGCCGGCCGCCGAGGGCGUGCCGGGUCAGGCUGAUUGGGUAUGUGUGCAUGGAAUUUGGUGGGGUCCUGCAGACUGCCUCUGUGACCUGACUAACAUCCUUCGUUACCACAAGGAUCCUGUCGCGCAGCUGCAGAAGCUGGCUAAGGAGCAGUCGGAGCUGCUGCUUCGGCGGCUCGGUGCUGGUGGUGGUGGUUGGGGUUAUGGACAGGGUAGAGAGGAGGAGCAAGAGAUACCGUCGCGGCCGCUGCCGUUUGGGUCGGAGGAUGUGAGGUCGCCGACGUAUGUCGCGCCGGCACCGCCGCCCGUCGUCAGCCCGAAGCCGGUCAAGCCGCAUACGGGGGCCAGCCCCGUGACCAAGAUCCUGGCGGCUGCGCCUGAGAUUGUUCCUGCGCAGGAGCAACCGCCUGUGACUGCCGCAGCAACGCAGGGCGCGGCGAACCCGAUUGCUUCCCCAAGUUAUCAGGGCCCUGGAGUGUCAUUCGAAAAGGGCGAGGAUUUUCCUGUCCGCGAGACGCCUGCCUUGCCGGCUGAAGAAGAGCGUGACGUCCUCAAGACUUAG